CCCGGCCGCCAUUUUCCGAGCUGCGCCGCCGCCGCGCUCGCCCGAAGCGGGGGGGAGCCGGGGGAGAAGAAAAGCGCCGCAGCGCCCCCUCCGCCGCUUGCCGGGCCCACCUCGCCGCCGCUCAGCGCUCCGAACCGGGGGAGGGGGGGCCGCUUCUCCCCCCCCCCCCCCCCCCCCCCUUCCCCCGCGUCCACCCUAGCCCGGACUGCGGCCGCCGCGGGAGACGGGCGAGCCCAUCCCCCUUGCCGCUGGGGCGGACCCGAGCAGGCGGGGGGGGGGGGGGGGGGGGGGCGUCGGCGCUCGUCCCGGUUGCGGCGCCGCGGCUACCCCUUGGUCGGUGUUUGCAAACUGCACCCAUUUUUUGGGGGGCUGAGCCCGCCUGGACUGCACUCCCCGCUCGUCACGUGGAUUAGCGUCUUCCAGUGCUUGAUUACAGAGGAAUUCGCUAUCAUUUUGGGUGUCAGUGAGAGUCACGUAAAAGGAAAAAAUACAGCGGCCAAAAUAAUUGGAAACUAGCCUUAUUUUCUACAAGAAAAGCAUACCCUGCAAACCGAGGCUGCCCUUGGGAGAGGCUGUGGGAGGCAGUGGAGCUGGCCUCCGCACCUGAAGAGGCUGGACUUCCCGUCUCUCGGUGCUGAAUGGCUGCGAUGGCGCCCGCUCUCACUGAUGCAGCAGCUGAAGCUCACCACAUCCGAUUCAAGCUGGCUCCCCCAUCUUCCACCUUGUCACCUGGCAGUGCUGAGAGCAACGACGCCAAUAAUAUCCUCCUGGCUGCCAACGGCACCAAAAGGAAAGCCAUUGCUCCAGAGGAUCCCGGUUUAGAUUUCAGAAACAACCCUACAAAAGAAGAGCUGGGCAAGCUGCAGCCACUAGUGGCCUCUUAUCUCUGCUCAGAUGUAGCAUCUGUUUCUUCAAAAGAGCCUCUGAAGCUCCAAGGAGUCUUCAACAAGCAGACAGUGCUUAAAUCUCACUCUCUUUUAUCUCAGUCCUUCUUGAAAACAAGUGAUCUGUUGGGGAGGCAACCAGUGUUGGAAUUCACUUUAGAGAACCUAAAAACAAUGAGUACUAAUAGCCAGCCACCUCUCCCUCAAGCACCUGUAAAUGGCUUGGCCAAGAAAUUGGUCAAAAGUACCAAUUCAGAUCAUGAAAACUCUAGUUCUCUGAAUGGUGGGAAGUGUGUUCCUCCUUCUGCUGCACUCCAGAGUCUUGACUAUAAUGCAGGAGAUUCUGAAUCCGGGGACCUGAAAACCAGAUUGACCAAUAGCACUCUUCCACAUAGAAGCCUUGGUGCAGAGCACACAACUCCAUUUAGCAAUAAUGGCACUGCAAGCAAAUCUUCCCUUAAUUCCACAGAGCAACAGCGGGUACUUGAGGGUGGCAGUGGAGAGACUAGGUUGUCUGGUGUUGCUAGUCACUCUGACUUUGGGAGCAGUAAGUUGGAGGAGCAGAAGCCUUCUCUGUUGACUGGUCGCCACAGUGCUCUUGACUCCGAGAUGAGGACGAGGGCAUUGCUACGACGGCAGGCAGACAUUGAGAACCGUGCCUGCAGGCUGCAGAAACGCUUGCAGGUGGUGCAGGCAAAGCAGGUGGAGAGACACAUCCAGCAGCAGUUAGGUGGCUUCUUGGAGAAAACUCUGAGUAAGCUUCCAACUUUGGAUCCCCUGAGGCAUCAGAGCCAGCUGAUGUUGACCAGAAAAGCAGAAGCAGCCUUGAGGAAAGCUGUGAGUGAGACAGUUACUCCAGAAGGCCUAAGCAGCUUCUUGAAAAGUGAUUCAAUAUCAGAAGAAUUGGAGAGAUUCACAGCCAGUGGUAUGGCCAACUUGAGAUCCAGCGAGCAAGCAUUUGACUCGGAUGUCACUGACAGCAGCUCCGGAGGAGAGUCUGAUGUUGAACAAGAGGAACUGACCAAAGCAGACUCAGAAGAACCCCAUGUACCACUGAGGCGAAGGGCAGAGUGGAGAUGGGCAGCAGACCGUGCAGCUAUCAUCAGUCGCUGGAAUUGGCUCCAAGCCCACGUCUCGGACCUGGAAUACCGAAUCCGGCAGCAAACUGACAUUUACAAGCAGAUUAGAGCCAAUAAGGGGCUGAUAGUUCUUGGUGAAGCAUCACCUCCUGAUCCUGCAGUAGAUGAUGCAUCCUGUCCCGUUAGUGCUGAAGUUAAACUGGAGCCUAGUGCUGACCGUCUGAGUGUUUCUGGAUCCCAGACACUAGAGAACUUUGGUAUUUCUGCUGCAAAUACUCUUGAAUCCCAUCCCACCAAGCCCUGUGGAGCACCAAGACCUGUCAAUGGAGUUAUUAACACUCUUCAACCUGGCCUGGCAGAACAUGCUCAGGGAGACAGCCAGGAAGCUGAGGAGCUCUUGCAUAAAAAGCAACGGCUGAACAUGGUUUCUUCAGCUUGGGAUGGAACGUGUGUAGCAGCUCGCACUCGCCCAGUACUGAGCUGUAAGAAGCGACGACUUGUUCGACCUAGCAGCAUUAUGCCCCUUUCCAAAAAGGUCCAUCGUAAUAGCCUGAUGCGAUGUAGCUGUGACGUGAACCCUUCAUGUGCUCUGUGUGGCACUCGAAGCUCGACAACUCUGGAAAUUCAGUAUGAUGCCCCUUUGCUGGAGCGCCUCUCCCAACUGGACUCAUGCGUUCAUCCUGUCUUGUCAUUCCCAGAUGAUGUGCCCACGAGCCUGCACUUCCAGAGCAUGUUGAAAUCUCAGUGGCAGAAUAAACCAUGCGAGAAGAUUAAACCUCCCAAAAAGCUCUCGCUCAAGCACAGAGCCCCCAUGCCUGCCAGCAGCCUGUCUGACCCUGCUCGCAAGGACCGCCAUAAGCUGGUGAAUUCAUUCUUCACUGCAGCCAAGCACUCACAUCAAAAAAUCCACCCAGACAAGGCACACAGGCCACCUCUAGAUGAUUUUAUGGCCGUGUCCAAGGCCGAGAGAGCGCCAGAGCGCUCGCUUGUCCAACCUCCUGCCUAUGACAAAAAGCGAUUGCGAGACUGCUCAUCUGAGAGGAGUGAAGUGUUGAAGCAUCACACAGACAUCAGUGGCCCAAGCUACUUGUCAGCAGUUGCAACCCCAACACCUCACAGCCCUAUAGUACGACAACUGUCCACCUCCUCGGAAGGCUCUGCUCCUGCCAGCAUGAGUUCACAGGGCACCUCCAGCACAGCUCAGCCAAGGAGGAGGAGAGGUGAAAGUUCAUUUGAUAUUAACAACAUUGUCAUCCCGAUGUCUGUUGCUGCAACGACUCGUGUGGAGAAACUGCAGUACAAAGAGAUCCUCACACCCAGCUGGCGUGAAGUGGAUAUCAGUGCUCUGAAAGUGAACCCUGAUGAAGACAAUGAGGAGAUCGAGGACUUGUCUGAUUCGGCCUUUGCUGCUCGGCAUGGCAAAUGUGAAGAGAUGGAGCGGGCCCGGUGGCUUUGGAGCACAAGCAUGCCCCCACAGCGGCGGGGCAGCAGGUCUUAUAGAUCGACGGAUGGACGGAUGACCCCCCAGCUGGGAAACCCCUCAACUCCCCAGCCAGCAUCCCCCGAGGUGGGCAACUGCCACUCACAUUCAGAGCUGUCCCACAGCCACUCACCGUGCAGCCCCAUCAGCCCAGAACUGCUCUCUGCCCCCCUCAUCCCCCUCUCCCGGGACUCCAUGCGGCUCCUGUCCAGUGAGGAUACACGUUGCUCCAUGCCUGAGGCCGGCCCUGAUGAGCAGGCCGUGCAGCCCUGGGAGCAACGCAUCUUCCCUCUCCUGUACGAUCCCAGGACAGAGUGCGAGGACCAAUCUGACCCCAAAGACCGGUUGUCGCGCUGCACCCGGCGCACGUCAGGCAGUAAAUCCUCUCGGGAGACCGAUGGCACUUCUGCUUUGCCCACCUUGGCCAGCCUCAAGAGCCGACCCCUCCUGGGGACACCCCCCUCCCUCUCUUCCCCCGCAGCAGUUCAGCGGCCAGCACAUAGAUAGAUGUGUGGGAAGACAUGAGCAAAACCAACACACAGAACUAACUCUUGGCAUUAAAGCUUCCAAAAAUCUGCGUUUGAUAUUCAAACAUCCUGCCGGGAAUUUUCACAGUUUUUAGUGAAUUUAAGGAGUUUAGAAACUGUUGGGUUUUAAUUUUUUUUCUGUUUGUUUGGUUUUGAUCUUUCUUUCUUUCUUUCUUUCUUUCUUCCUUUCCUUCUUUCUUUCUUUCUUUCUUUCCUUCUUUCUUUCUUCUUCUCCAUGUUUCCUUGUCAAACAAAUGAGGGCCCCCAGGUUCCUCCCAGCAGAGUGAAGCCUCAGGAGGGGAGCAGCCCACAAGACUCCCUUCCCUCUUUCCUCCACUCCCCUCUUAGGUGUAUAAAACCUAGAGCACAGGAUUUAGCUGACUAGCAGACUUUGAGGAUAGUUUUUCUCAAGCAAAAGGGUGUCUUUUUCUCUUAACCUGCUACCCUUCCCUCCCUGAAAGGUUUUAGUGAAAUGAAAGUAGUGGUGAAAAGUGAUGUCUUGGGAUUGCAACCUGCACUAGCUGUCUCUGUCCUCAUGUGCAGAGUGCCCACCCUGCACUUCUACCCUCCGGCAUUUUCCUCCCCUGGAUUAAGUUCCAGGUGACUCUGUCCCCCAGCCCUGAUCUCCCCUCUGCCCCCAGGGCCACCUGCCACCUCCUCCUUCUUUCUCCUCUAGUUUGGGAGCAGCCAUUUGCUGUGCUAAAGGUCUGACUGCCCUGCCUGUCACAGGGAAAAAGAAGGACCUUUUCAGCUGCUUCAGACACAGCUGUGCACGUGUGGGAGGAGCAGGAUUUUUGGAAGCAGCUUGUGUAUGUUUCCCCUGGGUGGAAGGUGGGGAGGGGACAGUCCCUAGCUGGGUGCAUCUGGUCUAUGUAUGGAGCAGGAGCAGAAAUCUUGCCUUGUACUUCAGGGACGCCCUUUGUGCUGUGGCUCUUGGCCGAGCUCAGCAGCAGCUUUCAGCUGGGGAACAUGACUCGCACUUCAGCUCUGCCCUCACAUGUGUCACUGGCCCCACAUCCAUGUUAUUUGUCCCCCGUCCAUGUUGUAUGUGUCCCCAUUGGGUUGGAAAGUUGUGGUGAAGGCAGCUCUGGGACACAGCAGGAAGGAGCAGCAGAGGCAACGGCCGAGGCACCAGGAUUGGUCUCAGAGAAGAGGAGCUAAGGGAGGGCAGGGGA